AUGUGUGGUGGUGACUGUGCCGGGCGUGAGGCUGAAGGCGGACUCAUUGCGAUACUGCGACCGCCGCCGCAGUCGACCUCCAAGGGAGCAGUCAAUUCAGUCGGAGUGCAUUGCGACUUAGUAUUCAGAGACACCGUGGCAAACUCCACCAGCAGCUCAAGCAGUACAAGGGCCGUUUUUCAAGCUGCGCAUCAAGACUCCCUAGCCGCGUUGGCUCGGUCUUGGGUAGUGAUCCAUUACGAUGGAGAUCUAUCGCGAUCCUCUCAAGGAGACUGGUCUCAGCCACUCUACUCCUUCCAGGUUGCACGUUCAGUAGCCGAGUCCUCGUCCGGCCAGCGCGCUGUCAUGGACGUGCCCCAAGCGUUGCCAUUGACGGUGGGCGGUCUAGGAGUCGUCGGUCGAAGGGUGUCUCUCGUCGAAGGGACGGGCAUCGGAGCCCAGAGGAUCGCCGAGGGAAUUAUCGGAUGGAACUGA